CCAAGAUAAGCACUCCCUGUUACGUCUGGUUGGAUCAUGCUGGAGAUCCGGAGGGUAGAUUUGUGUCGGGAUUGGGAUCGCCGAAAAUGGCUGGAAGCCUUCCCGAAUUGCCGCGCGUGCUCGGUACCCCAUAGAAUUCAGUUGCGCCCAAGACCUAAAGGCCCUAAUUCACACCUUGGCCUCGAUGUUGCUCCAGCGCUGAGAGACAUCAGGACGGGCAAAGGGGCCCUUGGCUGCAGUUGACUGUGGGUCGCUGGAUCAGUCAGACGGGCCAAGGCCGAAGGGGAUGUCAAGUGCGCUUCUCUCUCGCUGAUCGACUGGGAUUCCGCCUUGAUUCCUUUCCUGCCAGCGAUGGUAAAAAGUAUUCAUGUGAGAGGUCCUUCCCCCAGCCUUCGCUUUACGCCCGCAGUUUGGGAAGCAAUAUCCUCCCACAUGUUGGCGCUUGACUCGCCGACCCCCACGAAACUCAGCCGACCAGGCACCUGCAGCACAACCUGACUCCAGCCUGUGCUGCACUGUGACGCAGCUCGCCCCAGCCGCUAAUGCUCAUCGGACCCUGCUUUGUUCGGGCCAGCUCACAGGACAGCAUCAUCCAGAUAGUUCCAUCCACACAGACCCAAAGUCGAGCGCUCCCGUCCGGAGAGCCUGAGGAGCCCUGGAGUCGCGCCUGACCGCCCGCCCGCCCGCCGAACCCCCCGCCCCAUUCUCGUCUUUCCGCACUCCCGCUCGUUCCAUUGGUUUGCCUCGGGUCGUGUUUGCUGCCGGCGAGCUUCCAUUGCAAGCACAGGUACGGACGCGGGCAUAGGCACCCGCCACUUCCCCUUUUGAGUUCCUAGAUCCGCCCAUCCCAAGUCAAGGUACAUGCAGACGGGCGCUGCUGCUUGACAGCCCCCAGGUUGCCCACCAUUUCCUCCUCACAACCGAACCGCCUCCCCUCCAACAUCCCCCUGCGAACACUCUCCGGACAGCGACCGGACGUCAACGAACAGUCGAGCUCGCUUCUAUCACACCCCGGCGGCCACUCCUCGUGGCGCCGCCAACGAACCGGCUCCCCAUCCCCCUCCGAAUCCUCCGACUCGGCCUCCGAGUCAUCCUGGACCGACACCGGUGAUAUCGCCGAGCAGUUCGCCGCCGAGGACCCCCUCCGCGACCGCCUCCAAGACACCCUCAAUGACGACAUCCUCGCCCGGGCCCUGAAGCGUCAGCCACACAGACACGGCCGCAGCAGCCGCGCUCUCGACCAGAAGAAGCGUGACCGGUCGGGCUCGCGCAACACUGGUGGCAGCUCGCACUCGCGCUCUUCAUCCGGGGCCUUCGAUAAGGAGGCUAUCCAGAUACCCGAUUUAGUCGCUGCCCACCGUCCGUCUCGGGCUGAACGCCUUAUUGCUCGCAUCAUGGCGGGCCGCUCCAGCCCCAUACAUGGCCUCACCGGCAAAUCCUUGAUCUACUUCACCAGUAUCUUUGUAUCACUGGGAGUGUUCCUCUUUGGAUACGAUCAAGGUGUUAUGUCGGGCAUCAUAACUGGCCCAUACUUCAACGAGUAUUUCGGGAACCCAUCCUCUGCCGAGGUGGGGACUAUGGUUGCCAUUCUCGAGAUUGGCGCCUUCAUCUCAUCUCUUUCUGUCGGCCGCAUUGGCGACAUCAUCGGCCGACGCAAAACGAUCCUUUAUGGGUCCAUGAUCUUCUUCGUCGGCGGCGCCUUGCAAACGCUGGCAACGGGCAUGGGAGUGAUGAUGGCCGGGCGCUUCAUCGCCGGUAUCGGCGUUGGCAUGCUGUCCACCAUCGUCCCCGUCUAUCAGUCUGAGAUCUCGCCACCUCACAACCGCGGCAAGCUUGCCUGUAUCGAAUUUACCGGCAACAUUGUUGGCUAUACGACCUCUGUAUGGGUUGACUACUUCUGUGGCUUCAUUGAGAGUCACAUGUCCUGGAGGCUGCCCCUGCUGAUGCAGUGCAUAAUGGGUGCUCUGCUUGGCCUUGGUAGCCUCAUCAUCGUGGAAUCACCAAGGUGGCUACUCGACAACGACCAUGAUGAGGAGGGCAUAGUUGUCAUUGCCAAUCUAUAUGGCGGCGGCGACAUUCACAACUCCAAAGCACGAGACGAGUUCCGUGAUAUCAAGAUGGAUGUCCUGGUCCAGCGCCAGGAGGGUGAGCGGUCGUACAGUGACAUGUUCAAGAGGUACAAAACCCGUGUCUUCAUCGCCAUGUCGGCACAGGCUCUCGCUCAGCUCAACGGCAUCAACGUCAUCUCUUACUACGCACCCAGGGUGUUUGAGUCUGCCGGGUGGGUCGGCCACCAGGCUGUCUUGAUGGCGGGCGUGAACGGUCUCACAUACCUGGCCUCGACCAUUCCGCCCUGGUAUAUCGUCGACUCCUGGGGACGACGCCCGAUCCUGCUGAGUGGUGCCAUCAUGAUGGCCAUCUCCCUCUCGCUCGUCUCGUACUUUAUCUAUCUCGACGUGCCAUCGACGCCCAUGUACGUCGUCGCGUUCGUCAUGAUAUAUAACGCGGCAUUCGGAUACUCGUGGGGCCCUAUCCCCUGGCUCUACCCGCCGGAGAUCCUGCCGCUGAGCAUCCGGUCCAAGGGAGCCAGUCUCUCGACGGCGACGAAUUGGGCGUGCAACUGGCUUGUCGGCCAGAUGACGCCCGUGCUCCAGGACCUGAUCACAUGGAGGCUGUACCUGCUGCAUGCCUUCUUUUGCGCGUCAAGCUUUGUCAUCGUGUACUUCAUCUACCCAGAGACGUGCGGCGUUAGGCUCGAAGACAUGGGAUCCCUAUUUGGAGACGGCACCACGGCAAUGGGGACUCCCGCGGCUUUGGGCACGCCUGCGACGCAUGCAGAGACUGGCAGUCUCAUUCGCUCGUCCUCGCCUAUCCCGUCGCUCGACAUUCGUCGUGGACGGGAUGGCCGCUUCGGCACGAGCAGCGCCAUAGCAGGCCUCCCCAUCGAUCCGCCAGACGAGCUCGACCCCGAGAUUGGCGGUAAGAACCAGUCUGACGGGCGCGCAUCUCCAGCCGGGGGGAUCGGCGCUUGGUUGUCUCGUCUUGUGGGGCGCGGGCGGGCCCAACAGGGCGGCGAGUCUAGUGGCAGCGGGGGUAGCGGCCAGUAUGCCCCCGUCGGCCAGAAUGACGAUUAGGCAAGGAGUGUGCCGCUUUGUAUAAAUGUAUACAACUAUGCCAAGUGCCUAAAAAUUAACAGAGAGACCAAACAACAGAGAGGCUAAAGGGGCAAUGCUCAUUGCAUGGAAAGGGGUCGUGUUUUCGCAUCAUCUAUGGAUCCUAGAUGUCGCCGGACCGGAGUUUUUUUUUCUUUUUCACCCUCAUCAUUCUCAUGCAUUCUUUACUUCUUGGUUGCAUACUAUAGACUUUGGUUAUGUUUGCCGUCGGCGGUUGGCGGUUGGAGGCAGCGGCGUGGAUCCCUUCUUGUUUAUUCGUGGUGAGGACCUUGGACUGAGGUCACCACAGCUUUUCUGUUUCAAAGCCACCCCGACCAGAGAUUGGAUAAGCAGCCUCAAGCGGGAAGGUUAUCAGCGUCAAGAGUAUUUUGUUGAAAUUAUACAACAGCUUUUCUCAACAGCCUGACACCGUUGACCUCGGGGAUUGUCGGUACUGUCACGUGACCGUGCCGUUGUAGAAACGAGUCGCACAG